GGUGGUGCCACGGAGAGCGACAAGGCCGAGUUUAUCCUUGAAAGCACAGGCCAGAGCUCCGUGGAGAAGCCUCCGGUUUGGGACCACGGAAGGCUGCGCGAGUACCUGAUGUGGGCAAAAGACAAGCUGCUUGACGAGGACGAUGAGCCAGGGGCAGCGCUCUUGCUGGAGACGUAUUUCCAGAAGCUUCGGUCGACGUCCCUGAACUCUGGUGGCGGCGGUGGCGGCGUCACCGCGCGCACACUUGAGAGCCUUGUCCGCCUUGCGCAAGCACAUGCAAAGCUCAUGGGCCGCAGGAGCGUCUGGAUCGAAGACGCGGUGGCAGUCGUGGUGCUGCACCGCGCCUCACUACAGGAUCACGUGGUCGGGGCGGAGUCGUUGCCUUCGGGUGAAGACUUCGCACCCAGCCUGAGGGACUGGCAAGAUGAGACCGCCGCAUGUGGUGUGAAGGUCUCCUUGGAGGGACUGGAGCUCCACCACGGGACCGAGAUUCCAAACCAAGAUGUCUACCUGUACCUGGAGCAGGCGAUUCUACGAAGCCUGAAGCUGUGCCGUUCCAGCAACGACAAGAGGCUUCUGGUACCAUUGCAGCAGGCCAUGGCCAUUGCGGAUGCGCCACGUCCGCUCCGGGCCAGGGAGCCUCGGGGAGAGGCCUCGCCGGCCAAGGCGCUUGGCAGCUUCUGCUUCCUCGUGGGCCUCCCAGCAAGUCAUGCCGUGCACACAGGAGACUCGAGUGGCACAAGCGGCGCAAGCGAAGCCGCGGGGGAGGCAACUCGGGUGCCGAGUGCGGUGAGAUCGGGUUUCAAGUUUGGCGUGGCUGAAUCGGGAAAGUUCUCUGAGGCUGCCCCGGCAGCGAAGGGGUUCCGAGCUGCUGUGCUGGAAGUGGCCAAGCAGACGGAGGUGGUGGUGGCAGACGCAUACGAAGUGGACAACACUGGCAUCAUGAGAAAGUGGUCAAUCCAAAACGACAACUGGAACCUUGACAUCUGGACGCCAGACAAGAAGAGGUUCCAGUACACUUCUUCAGCUGGGAAGGAGCCUGCCCUGACUAUUUCAGCAGAGUGGGCAGCUUGGCUGGAUGCUGGCGCUCAGGGUGGGUAUCCAGCCUAG